CUCUCCAACCCCAACCAAAAUGCCAAAAAUCAUCUCAUUUUUUUUUCUCAUUCUUUUCUGUUCUCCCAAUUUUCUUCAACCUACCCUGAUGAUGAGUAAUGACAUUGCAAAAAGUGUUGUGCUUGCCAUCUUAUAUACAGGAAAAUAAGCGUGUUGCCAGGGAACUUGAAUAACCUGCCAAGUAACUGGUUUAGUCUUUGUACAUGAAAAGGAGGGAUCUUAUAGCAACACUUUUGGAAACUUGCCACUGUGAGAAAUCAACAUCACAGUUACACUCACUAUGUUUAAAACUUGGCCUCACCCAUGAUAGUUUCAUUGUGACAAAGCUCAAUGUUCUUUAUGGCAAACACGCUUCCAUCCACCAUGCACAUAAGCUGUUUGAUGAAACGCCUGACAAGUCUGUCUACCUAUGGAACGCUCUGCUUAGGCGAUAUCGUGCUGAGGGUGAAUGGGCAGAGACGUUAUCGCUAUUCCGGCGAAUGCAUGCCACUGCGAGACCGGAUAGUCACACGGUAUCUAUCGCGUUGAAGUCGUGUGUGGGUUUGCAGAAGCUUGAGGUGGGGAGGAUGAUUCAUGGAUUUCUCAAGAAGGAGAAUUUAGAUGGUGACAUGUUUGUCGGGUCGGCGUUGAUUGAGCUGUAUUCAAAAUGUGGAGAAAUGAAUGAUGCUGUGGAAGUUUUUAUGGAGUAUCCGAAACCGGAUGUGGUUUUGUGGACUUCGAUAGUAACGGGUUAUGAGCGGAGUGGUACUCCUGAGCUCGCGCUCGCGUUUUUCUCACGAAUGGCUGUGUUGGAGGAAGUGAGUCCGGAUCCGGUGACACUUGUUAGCGCUGCUUCGGCUUGUGCUCAGUUAUCUGAUUCGAAGCUUGGAAGAAGUAUACAUGGUUUUGUAAAAAGAUGUGGUUUAGACACACACUUAAGUUUGGCUAAUUCAUUGCUAAAUUUAUAUGGAAAAACUGGUUCUAUCAAGAGUGCAGAAAUUUUGUUCAGGGAAAUGCCUGAUAAGGAUGUUAUAUCUUGGAGCUCAAUGCUUGCCUGUUAUGCGGAUAAUGGAGCUGCAACUAAUGCAUUAGACCUUUUCAAUGAAAUGAUAGAUAAGAGAAUUGAGCCCAACUGGGUUACUUUGGUUAGUGCAUUGAGAGCAUGUGCUUCAGCUUCUUAUUUGGAAGAAGGUAGGAAGAUUCACCAAUUAGCUGUCAGUUAUGGUUUUGAGCUGGAAACCACUGUCUCUACAGCUCUGAUGGACAUGUACCUGAAAUGCUCCUCACCGGAAAAUGCAGUUGAUAUUUUCAACAGAAUUCCGAAAAAGGAUGUAGUUGCUUGGGCUGUUCUGUUUGGUGGCUAUGCUGAAACUGGCAUGGCACACAAGUCAAUGGAAGUUUUCUGCAACAUGUUAUCGGAUGGAGUUCGACCUGAUGCCGUGGCUCUAGUGAAGAUACUCACAGCUAUUUCAGAAUUGGGGGUUCUUCAGCAAGCUGUAUGUCUUCAUGCUUUUGUAACUAAAAGUGGAUUCGACAAUAAUGAGUAUAUUGGUGCAUCUCUCAUAGAGAUGUAUGCAAAAUGUAGUAGCAUAGAUAAUGCUAACAAGGUUUUCAGAGGAAUGGCAUAUAAAGAUGUUGUUAUCUGGAGCUCGAUAAUUGCAGCUUAUGGAUUCCAUGGGCAAGGAGAAGAGGCUUUGAAAUUAUUUUAUCAGAUGGCUAACCAUUCAGAUCUUAAGCCUAACAAAGUAACCUUCAUUUCAAUUCUAUCUGCCUGUAGUCAUGCAGGUUUGGUUGAAGAAGGGAUAACGAUAUUUGAUAUAAUGGUGAACAAGUAUCAAUUGAUGCCCGAUUCAGAGCAUUAUGGGAUAAUGGUUGAUCUUCUUGGUCGUAUGGGAGAGUUGGAUAGGGCCUUGGACAUUAUUAAUAACAUGCCCAUGCAAGCUGGGCCUCAUGUAUGGGGAGCCUUACUUGGUGCAUGCCAUAUACAUCAUAAUAUAAAGAUGGGGGAGGUUGCAGCUAAGAAUCUUUUCCCAUUGGACCCUAACCAUGCAGGGUAUUAUACACUCUUAUCAAAUAUUUAUUGUGUGGACAAGAAUUGGCAUAAUGCUGCAAAACUUAGGUCAUUGAUUAAGGAGAAUAGAUUGAAGAAGGUUUUAGGUCAAAGUAUGGUUGAGUUAAAGAAUGAGGUUCACAGUUUUGUAGCUAGUGAUAGAUUCCAUGAUGAAUCUGAUCAGAUUUUUGAAGUUCUGAGAAAAUUAGAUGUGAAGAUGAGAGAAGAAUGUUAUGAACAUCAACUAAAGAUAGAGGAAGUCAUGUAAAUUGUAUUCUUCGAAUGGGGGGAAGUUGUCCCAUUUGAAUAGCUUAAAGGAUAUUUACCAUUAUUUGGAUGCUUGACUGCAUGUACUCAGAUUGGGGAGGAAAUUUUUUUGGGUUUGUUAUUGUUUGUUUCUUUGUUUUGGUUCUCAAGAUUGUUCUUUUAGUUGCAUAA